AUGGGGACUACUCCUGAGGCCAAUGGUAAUAAUGCAGCGGAGGAAGAAAACGCCAUCGACGGCGGUUCAAUUCAUUUCGGCACCGUGGAGGCCGUCGAAUACGUCCGUUCCCUCACCGACGUCGGCGCGAUGACGCGCCUUCUCCAUGAGUGCAUCGCUCACCAGAGAGACGUCGACGGCGAACUUGACGAGCUUCUGUCGCAGCGCACUGACCUCGACCGCCACCUCCUCCAGCUCCAGCGCUCCUCCGACGUCCUCGACAUCGUCAACUCCGAUGCUAACUACAUGCUCUCCAACGUCGCCUCCACCUCCGACCUCGCCGACCAGGUCAGCCGCAAGGUCCGCGAGCUUGACCUCGCGCAGUCGCGCGUCCGCAACACGCUCCUCCGCAUCGACGCCAUCGUUGAGCGAGCCAACUCCCUCGAAGGCGUCCACCGUGCCCUUGAGGCAGAGGACUACGAGUCCGCCGCGCGCUACGUCCAGACCUUCCUCCAGAUCGAUGCGCAGUACAAGGAUUCCGGCUCCGAUCAGCUUCAGAGGGAUCGCUUGUUAGCGGCAAAGAAGCAGUUGGAGGGAAUUGUAAGGAAGAAGCUCUCUGCCGCUGUGGAUCAGCGUGACCACCCAGCCAUUCUCAGGUUCAUUCGGCUCUUCACUCCGCUGGGGGUGGAGGAGGAAGGAUUGCAGGUUUAUGUUGGGUACUUGAAGAAGGUGAUUGCAAUGAGGUCAAGAAUGGAGUUUGAGCAGUUGGUGGAGACAAUGGAUCAGCGUAAUGUCAAUUUUGUUGGUUGUUUGACCAAUUUGUUUAAGGACAUUGUGUUGGCGAUUGAGGAGAACAGUGAGAUCUUGAGUGGUCUUUGUGGGGAGGAUGGAAUUGUGUAUGCCAUCUGUGAGCUUCAGGAGGAGUGUGAUUCUCGUGGUUCUGUGAUUUUGAACAAGUAUAUGGAGUAUAGGAAGUUGGCUAAGUUGUCCUCUGAGAUAAAUGCACACAACACCAAUUUGCUUGCUGUUGGAGGAGGUCCUGAUGGUCCUGACCCACGAGAGGUUGAGUUAUAUUUGGAGGAGAUUCUCUCCCUUAUGCAGCUUGGUGAGGAUUACACGGAGUUCAUGAUUUCAAAGAUCAAAGGGCUUACUUCUGUUGACCCCGAGUUGCUCCCUCGCGCCACCAAGGCUUUCCGGAGUGGCAGUUUCAGCAAGGUUGCACAAGAUUUAACCGGUUUUUAUGUCAUUUUGGAGGGAUUUUUCAUGGUGGAGAAUGUUAGGAAAGCAAUAAGGAUCGAUGAACACGUGCCUGACAGCCUUACCACUUCUAUGGUGGAUGAUGUGUUUUAUGUAUUACAGAGUUGCCUGCGGAGGGCAAUAUCCACUUCCAAUAUCAGUUCUGUUGUUGCAGUUUUGAGUGGUGCCAGCAGUUUGCUCGGUAAUGAAUAUCAUGAAGCCUUGCAGCAAAAAACAAGAGAGCCAAACCUUGGUGCAAAGUUGUUCUUUGGUGGUGUUGGCGUGCAAAAGACAGGGACAGAAAUUGCUACAGCUUUGAAUAAUAUGGAUGUUAGCAGUGAAUAUGUUCUGAAGCUAAAACAUGAAAUUGAGGAACAGUGUGCUGAGGUGUUUCCUGCACCAGCUGAUCGAGAAAAGGUGAAAUCUUGUUUGACUGAGUUGGCAGAUAGCAGUAAUGCUUUCAAACAAGCUUUGACUGCUGGCAUAGAACAACUUGUGGCAACCAUUACACCUCGAAUAAGACCAGUAUUAGACAGCGUUGGAACAAUUAGCUAUGAGCUUUCAGAGGCUGAGUAUGCUGAUAAUGAGGUGAAUGACCCAUGGGUUCAGAGACUUCUCCAUGCUGUUGAGACAAAUGUGGCAUGGUUGCAGCCACUAAUGACUGCUAACAAUUAUGACACGUUUGUUCAUUUGAUUAUUGACUUCAUUGUGAAAAGGCUAGAAGUCAUUAUGAUGCAGAAAAGAUUUAGUCAGCUAGGCGGUCUUCAGCUUGACCGAGAUGCUAGAGCUUUGGUAAGCCAUUUCAGUGUCAUGACACAGAGAACUGUUAGAGACAAGUUUGCACGUCUCACGCAAAUGGCAACUAUUCUGAAUUUAGAGAAGGUUUCUGAGAUUCUAGAUUUCUGGGGUGAGAACUCUGGACCUAUGACCUGGAGAUUAACUCCAGCUGAGGUUAGGCGUGUAUUGGGUCUGCGGGUUGAUUUUAAACAAGAUGCAAUAGCUGCUCUGAAGUUGUAA